CUGCGAUACUUCACUUAAUACGCGACGUACACAGAAAUCUCGUUUUACGGUGUCAUCGAUUUGUAUUAAACAUGUAACAGCAAGAAAGGAGAAGAAAAUCUCUCUAUUUUAGCUGUAUUCGGUAAAAGUAAAUUGUCCCCAGGGGUGGGGUCUCCUGUCACUUAAAACCAAAGAAGUGAAAAGAGGUGAAUGAGUUAUGUUGACUUUGUAAAAAAUAAUAUAAUACAAUCAUGGCACGACCUAUUGUACCUAGUCAACAAAAGUUAGCUGAGAAGCUAACUAUUUUAAAUGACAGAGGUAUUGGGAUGUUAACUCGCAUUUAUAACAUAAAAAAGGCAUGCGGCGAUGCCAAAUCAAAGCCUGGAUUUCUUUCGGAUAAAAGUUUAGAAUCUUCUAUCAAGACGAUUGUCAGAAAGUUUCCUAAUAUUGAUGUUAAGAGUUUGCAAACUAUUACGAAUCUUCGCAAUGAGAUUAUUAAAUCUUUAUCUCUAUAUUAUUAUACCUUUGUUGAUUUGCUUGAUUUCAAAGACAAUGUCUGUGAGCUUUUAACUACAAUGGAUGCUUGUGGUGUUCAUAUGGACAUAACGAUAAAUUUUGAGUUAACAAAAGGUUAUUUGGAUCUUGUUGUUACGUAUGUCAGUUUAAUGAUUCUUUUAUCACAAGUGGAAGAUCGCAAAGCGGUAUUAGGUUUAUUUAACGCAGCUCAUGAAAUGGUACACAGUCAAUCUGACCCUAGCUUUCCUCGCUUGGGUCAAAUGAUCAUGGAUUAUGAUGCUCCAUUAAAGAAACUUUCGGAAGAAUUUGUUCCUCAUUCUAAAUUAUUAAAGACUGCUCUCACCUCAUUGUGGCCUAUUUAUCCUGAGAGAAAUUUAUCUGCGGAUACAUGGAGAGCAGAUCAAAAGCUCAGCCUUGUUGGAAGUCCUGGACAAAUACUUAAAGCAGCAGCAACGGACACUAUGUCUUGCGAAACUUUGAGCAUAGAUAGAAUAGAAAGAUGGGUUAUUUUAGGUUUCACGCUGUGUCAUUCAUUUUUAAAUCAGGAACAGCCCGGUAAAUUAUGGACCACGGCUUUGGAAUCUGGUUGGGUGUUAGCCUUGUUCAGAGAUGAAGUUAUUUAUAUACAUCAAUACAUACAAACAUUCUUUGAAAGUAUAAAAGGAUACAGUAAACGGGUAUCGGAAGUGAAAGAAUGUUAUAGUCAAGCGGUGCAAAAGGCUGGUUAUAGACACAGGGAAAGAAGAAAAUUCCUAAGGACUGCGCUGAAAGAGCUGGGUUUAAUUUUAACCGACCAACCUGGCCUCUUAGGACCAAAAGCGCUCUUAGUUUUGAUGGGACUCUCUCAUGCGAGGGAUGAAAUUUUAUGGCUUUUGCGACAUGGCGUUAAUCCUCCGACGCAAGGGAAAGGUAAAGGAAGGGGAGGCGAGGAUCUAGUGGAUCGUCAAUUGCCAGAAUUACUGUUUCACUGCGAAGAAUUAAGAGCAUUAGUGAAGAAAUAUUCCCAAGUACUUCAAAGGUAUUACGUGCAAUUUUUAUCUGGAUUUGAUGCACCUGCUUUAGAUCAAAUGAUACAAAACCUUCCGGUUUGUCCAGAAGAUGAAGGAGCGAUUCUUAGCGAUAUGUGUUCAAAGAUAGCUAGUCUAACAGUCAAACAAGUGGAAGAUAACGAACUGUUUGAUUUUCGUGCAUUCCGAUUGGAUUGGUUCAGAUUGCAAGCAUAUAUGUCUAUCGCAAAAUGCAACAUGAAUUUAGCCGAUAAUAGAGAGUUAGCAUCUUUUAUGGAUACUGUAGUAUAUCAUACUAAGAUGGUGGAUAAUUUGGAUGAAAUGCUAGUUGAAACGUCCGAUUUAUCUAUCUUCUGUUUCUACAGCAAAGUAUUUGAAGAUCAAUUUCACAUGUGUUUAGAAUUUCCUGCUCAAAAUAGAUAUAUCGUUGCAUUUCCUUUAAUAUGUAGUCAUUUUCAAAGUUGUACGCACGAACUGUGUCCGGAAGAGCGUCAUCAUAUCCGAGAACGAAGUUUAUCCGUCGUUAAUAUGUUUUUAGACGAAAUGGCCAAAGAAGCUAAAAAUAUUAUUACGACUAUCUGUGAUGAGCAGUGUAACAUGAGCGAUAAAUUAUUGCCAAAACACUGUGCAUUAUUAAUCUCUCAGGUUGUAAAUCGAAAGAAAAAGGAUAAAAAUAAGAAGAAUAUGUAUGAAAUCCAUAAACCAGGUAUAGAGAGUUACAGAAAAACCAGGGAAGAACUUACCACAAUGGAUAAACUUCACAUGGCAUUAACAGAGCUAUGCUAUGCCAUUAAUUACUGCCCUACUAUCAACGUAUGGGAAUAUACAUUCGCGCCAAGAGAAUACUUGCAUCAACAUUUAGAAUCAAGAUUUGCCAGAGCACUUGUUGGUAUGGUCAUGUACAAUUCAGAUACUAGUGAAAUAGCUAAACCAUCAGAAUUAUUCGUGAGCGUUAGAUCUUACAUGAAUGUUCUUCAGACGGUUGAAAACUAUGUGCAUAUAGAUAUUACGCGUGUAUUCAAUAACGCACUUCUUCAACAAACUCAAGAAUUAGAUAGUCAUGGUGAUAAGACUAUCGCUGCUUUAUACACGCAAUGGUAUUCCGAUGUUUUAUUAAGGCGAGUUAGCGCCGGGAAUAUUUGUUAUUCUAGCAAUCAAAGAGCAUUUGUUAGUUUAUCCGUAGAGGGAGCGAUACCUUUUAACGCGGAGGAGUUUUCUGAUAUCAAUGAAUUGAGAGCAUUAGCUGAACUAAUCGGACCGUACGGUAUGAAGAUGUUGAAUGAAAAUCUGAUGUGGCAUAUAGCUAGUCAAGUGCAACAGCUAAAGAAAUUAGUUGCUGGCAAUAAAGAUGUUCUUAUCGCUUUGCGAACGAACUUUGAUAAACCAGAAGUAAUGAAAGAACAAUUUAAAAGGUUGCAGCAGGUGGAUAAUGUGCUGCAACGAGUAACAAUUAUAGGCGUAAUUCUAAGUUUCAGACAAUUAGCCCAAUCCGCAUUGGUCGAUGUCUUGGAAGAACGUAUACCGUUUCUUUUAAGCUCGAUUCUAGAUUUCCGACAUCAUUUACCAUCCGGUGAUCCCAUGCGUGUUGUUUCCGAAAUGACUUCAGCCGCUGGUUUAACCUGCAAGGUUGAUCCAACAUUAACAGCAGCAUUAAGAAGCCAAAAAUCCGAAGUAGAUGAAGAUGAACAUUUGCUCGUAUGUCUGUUGAUGGUUUUCGUCGCCGUUUCUAUCCCGAAAUUAGCUCGAAACGAGAAUUCCUUUUAUCGGGCAUCCCUAGAGGGUCAUUCUAACAACAUACAUUGCAUGGCAACUGCAAUAAAUAAUAUUUUUGGUGCAUUAUUUACCAUCUGUGGACAAAAUGACAUAGAAGAUCGAAUGAAGGAAUUCCUUGCGUUGGCAUCGUCCAGUUUACUCCGACUGGGCCAAGAAGCAGACAAAGAGGCGAUCAAAAAUAGGGAAUCCGUGUACCUUUUGUUGGACCAGAUAGUUCAAGAAUCGCCAUUUUUAACGAUGGAUCUGUUAGAAAGCUGCUUCCCAUAUGCACUAAUACGUAACGCAUAUCACGAUGUAUACAAGCUCGAACAUUCGCAGCCAUAAAGUCGUCGAUGAAGAAUGUGUGUUUCAGCUUGCCACUCAGGGUCAUUUUUUUUCUUUUUUUUUUUUUUUACGUCCAUUACGUUAAACAUGGAAUCAAACGCAUUUUCAUUGACUCCGUUUAAAAACGGAAGGAAAGAAGAAGCGACGAACGUGGCAAAACAUUGUAUUUGUAAAAAAAUAUAAUUAGUAAUAUUUUGUUUAUACUGCUUUAAAUCGAAUCGAAUUCGAUAAGUUUGUUUGGAAAUGUAUUUAAACUGUCCGAAGAGACAAGUUUGCAUUAAUUUAUUUGAAACAAUGCAUUUCGUACAGGGCAAUACCAUCACUUUCGUAUCUGAUACCUGGCUUAGAAUAUUCGCUGACAAAACAAUACCACAUCUUUUCAGUAUUCUAUUAUACGUCAUCUGUAUCUGUAAGGAACGUUUUGUAUUACAGGUGAAUUAUAAAACGCUAUCUGUCUAUGAAUCGAAAUAUACACGUAUCGUAAAAUAGACACGUUAGAGACGUUCAAUCUACAUUUUCUAAUGUACAAUAUUGUAACUUUUACAAUAGUUUAUAAAAUAAAUAAAAGUAUCUACAAA